AUGGAGCACUCCUCAGCCUCUCUCCACAAAGGGCAGCUACCCUGGAGGAGACUCCUGCUGGCAGCCUCACUUUUGAUCUUCUGGAGCUCUCCCUCCAUGGCCCAAGUCACUGUGGAAGCAGUUCCGCCCCACGUUGCUGAAGGGGCAGAUGUUCUUCUACUUGUCCACAAUCUGCCCGAGACACUCCAAGUCUUUUCCUGGUACAAGGGAGAAACUGUGGAUGAGAAAAAGGAGAUUGUAAAAUUUAUAAAACCCCAAGUAACAUAUAAAACAGGACCUGCAUACAGUGGCAGAGUAAAAAUAUACCUCAACGGAUCUCUGCUCUUAUGGAAUGUCGCUCAGAAAGAUGCAGGACCAUACAUGCUACAUAUGAAAAUGGGAAACCUUGACGUUAGGAAUGCAUCGGUGCAGUUCUAUGUACACCCACUGCUACCCAAGCCCAAAAUCACAAGCAACAAUUCCAAUCCCAUGGAGGGUGAGGAUGCAAUAGCAUUAAUGUGUGAGCCUGAGACUGAGAAUACAAGCUACCAGUGGAGGAGAAAUGGCCAGAGCCUCUCAGAAGGUGACAGGCGGAAGCUGUCUGAGGACAACAGGACUCUCACUUUACUCAGUAUUGUGAGGAAUGACACAGGAGCCUAUGAGUGUGAAACCCGGAACCCAGUGAGCACCUCCCGAAGUUAUCCAUUCUAUCUGGAAGUUACCUAUGGUCCAGAUGUCCCGAUCAUAUCCCCCUCAAAUACUUACUUCCGUUCAAGGACAAACCUCAGGCUUUCCUGCCAUUCAGCUGCUAAGCCACCCGCACUGUACUCUUGGUUUGUCAAUGGAGAGCUCCUGUCAUCCUCCCAAGAGCUCCUUAUCCCCAACAUCACUACUAACGAUAGUGGAUCCUAUACCUGCCUCAUCCAUUACUUUGUCACCGGCCUCAAUAAGACGACAGUCAAGAACAUUACAGUCCUCGAGCCAGUGACUAUACCCUCCAUCCAAGCCAGCAAAUCUGAAGUCAAAGAACGAGACUCUGUGCACCUGACCUGCGACUUCAACACUAGUGACUCUACAAUUGCAUUCCGCUGGUUCUUCAAUGGCAAGGGAAUGGAAUUCACAGACAGGUUAUUCUUAAUUCAAGACAGAAUCCUCUCCAUAUCGCAUGCCAGGAAGGAGGAUUCUGGGGAGUAUCAGUGUGAGGUAUAUAAUGCAGUCAGUUCCAAGAGGAGUGACCCAUUCCAGUUGCACAUAAGACCCUUUCUUAUGACCUAUUGGAGCUCAUCCACCAUGCCCGAAGUUAUUGUGGAAGCAGCUCCGCCCCGUGUUGAUGAAGGGAAGAGUGUUGUUCUACUUGUCCAUGAUCUGCCAGAGGAAGUCCGAGUCUUUUCCUGGUACAAGGGAGAAAAUCAGGAGGAUGUGGUGGGGGUAGAACACAGAGAGAGAACAUCUGAUUUUCAGGAGCAUGGCAGCUGGAGCUACUCAUUUGUCACCUGGGAAAUGAGAGUUAGCCCCACAUUGGGGACCAUCAAAGACAAACCUCCUGGUGACAAUCAUGUUAAUUCUUCUCACAGGGACCAAGGUCCAGGCAGCAAGUCCCCACCAACCACAGAGGGUGACAUGGAUCUUGUCGAGUGCUGGCACUGGAGGGAUCCUAAACUAGACUUCUCAGAUGAAGACACCUUCAAUGCUGAAACAAGCAUUGCAAAAACAGGUACACCAGGUACAUGGCCAUUCGAGUAUAUGAUGAUAGGUUUGAUACAUUUCAUCCCAUGGAUGAGCUCUCAAUUUGAGGGUGUCCAGGCUGAAACUCUGGAUAGAGGUGGCCCUGACCCAUACUCUCUUCCUGGUUUCUAUUCUGGCCUGGUUAUUGGGGUAGAGGCGAGGGCUAGUAGCAUCCCUAUGUUUCAAUCCCCUGACUCCAGCUUUUCCCCAAUGCUCACUACAGGACAAACAGGAUCCUCACCUACACCUCUGGUGGUUUUUGAACUCUUUUCUAACAAUCCAGAUAUUGAGAAGCUGCCAGUGGCUCCUUCCAAAUAUUGGGCCUGUCUGAUUUUUUUGCUGAUGCCACACCUCCUCUCCAGUUAUUCUGACCUGCUGAGAGCCUGUUCUCUCAGCAAAACUGUCCCUGUGGAUACUUUGGCAUGGUCAUUCUUGUGGGACCAUCUGCACCUUAGCAUGGUUUGGCAUUGUGUCUCUUGUGAGAACCGCCACAAUAUUAUUGCCAAGAGCUCUGGGGCAGGAGAAGAGCUGUCUAACAUCCAGCCACAGUGA